AUGCUCGCGUCGCAGCGGGAUGUGGGCGAGCGGCAGCGGGACCAGAUGCUGGCGAGCCUGGCGGAGAAGGAGAUGGCCUACAUCCUGAGCGACCUGGCCAACAUCGGCACGCAGGCGGCGCUCAUCGCCGGCUUCGUCUACUCGUCCGUGGCCGACCCCGACGCCGACGAGGGCGGGCCGCCGAACUCGCACGUCGUCGAGGGGUUGCUGCUGGUGACGAUCAACACGGCGGCCGUCGUCACGAACCUCGUCGUCGUGACGACGUCGACGUUCGUCGCGACGUCGGGGCCCUACGAGGCCCUGACGGGCGACGAGGCGACGCUCUGGCGCACGCUGCGCGUGCUCCAGCGGGAGCGGAGCCGC